CACAGACUCUCAGUUGGGUGCUCCACGAAGCAACAUACACAUCGAUUAUUUGCCAAGAAAUAGGCUCGAGAUUGCUCCCAGAGGAAUUCAAAGGUGAUAAGAAAGCCCACCUGAGUGCAAAGUACUCGUGGGUUGUGUGAAAAAAAGGCAUCCCUCAAAGUGGUGUGAGCUUUUUCCCAGUGGCAGUGCUUUUUUGUCUCCUAUACAUAGCGGAGAGCGAGAGUUUUCUCUUCGAGUAGCACAGAGAAAGAAAAAAACCCACCCUACCUCACAGUGCCAGUGUGUGUCACUCUGUGUGGAACGGAGUUUUCCUCAAUCAACCAUCUUUCGCAUUCAGCCCCCAUUCAUCGUGUACAGACACCCACCACCCACCAUCGUCAUCCAAUUAGGGAGGCAGGAAAUUUUCAUUUAAAAUCCACAGUGCAGUAAUCUGCAGUUGAUAACAAUAUGGCCGGCGGAGGUGAUCCCAAGUGGCAGAAGGAUGCAGCUGACCAGAAUUUUGACUACAUGUUCAAAUUGCUGAUAAUCGGCAACUCUAGUGUUGGAAAAACGAGCUUUCUCUUCCGCUACGCCGACGAUUCCUUUACAUCAGCCUUCGUGUCAACUGUGGGCAUUGAUUUCAAAGUUAAAACUGUCUUUCGGCACGACAAACGCGUCAAGCUGCAAAUAUGGGACACGGCCGGCCAGGAAAGGUACAGAACCAUCACAACAGCCUACUACCGCGGUGCAAUGGGAUUCAUUCUCAUGUACGACAUCACAAACGAAGAGAGCUUUAAUUCCGUUCAAGAUUGGGUGACUCAAAUAAAAACGUACUCCUGGGAUAAUGCACAAGUGAUCCUAGUUGGGAACAAAUGUGAUAUGGAGGAUGAACGUGUAAUCUCAUUCGAGCGGGGUAAGCAACUGGCCGAUCAGUUGGGUGUUGAAUUCUUCGAGACAUCAGCCAAAGAGAACGUCAAUGUCAAAUCUGUCUUCGAGAGAUUAGUGGACAUCAUUUGCGACAAAAUGUCAGAGAGUCUAGAUACAGAUCCCACAAUUGUGGCAGGUGGUCCCAAAGGGCAGCGUCUCACGGACCCACCGCAGGGUGCACAAAAUGCCAAUUGCAACUGUUAAGGUCUAAAGACACUCUUGGUGUUCUUUCUCCUACUUAAACCAUGACAAAAACCCGCGUGUUUGUCCAUGGAUCACACCAUAGUCGACAAACACCCCCAAUUACACCACCCAAGCCUCCGUAACUUUAUUCAAUGUAUGAUCAACUGAACUUGCAUUCGUUUCCUGACACUUCCUGAACUUUGCACACACCCUACACGACUUUCGAGUGAUUUUUGAGACACACCUGAAAGGACUUUUGGAAACAAAUCUUUAAAAGAAAAAAAACUUUAGAACAUAAAAGAAAUGAAUCUGAUUUUCGGAAAGAAAAAAAUCACAAUCAGGAACUUUAUAGCUUUAGCACAACAUUUCCCUUUCCCCUAAAUGAAAAUGAAGAGAAAAAAAUUCAUUUGAAGAUAGUGAUUCUAUAGGUCAAUAUAAAUUGAAUGUUUCCUAAAAAAAAGGACAAAUUUAGUUCGAAAGAAAAAUAUCUCGUUGUUACUCGUUUUUUGGUAAAAAAAAAAUUGUGGAGGGAAUUUUCAAAGAAAAAAACAACCUCCGAAAAAACAUAUUCAAACUAAUUAUGUCUAAAAGAUUCACUGUAGUGCUAUAUUAAAUGUUGAUUGAAUAGAAAUUAUGAGAAAGAAACUGUGGGAUACGAUCCAGAGAAUCCAACAAGGACAGAAUCACAAAAAGAAGAAUAAUUUUAGUCCUUAGACAAUAAAGAGAAAAAAAAUUAUUUUCAGGCAUUGCAGCUUUUCCAGGGGCAGCAUUCCUUAUAUAGAUUUUUUAUUCACUUUGCAGCAGUAUUAGGAAGAAAAACAAAGACGAUGGAAGUCCCAUCGAAAAGAUUGCAGAAUUAUUUUUUCAUGAUUAAAUUUAAAAAAUAUAAAAAGAAAAAUAGCAAAAGUAUUGGGAAAAAGGAUACGAAAAAAAUUGUAAAAAUAUUGUAAAUAAAAAAUAAAUAAAUUUUAGCAAAGUCACAGGAAAACAUCAACAAGAAAUUUGCAAGUUCACUGGGAAGAUGAUUUUUUUUUUUGAAAAUUAAAAGAGGUUUUCAAAUAUUGAAAUAAAAACAAGUAAAAACAAAACACAAACUUUUUUCUAAAAAAAACAACAAACAACACACUUUAAAAAAAAGUAUUCAAAUUACUGAAAAAAAUGGAUAGUAACAAAUUAUAUUAAUAAAAAUACUUAAUUCCAAAAAAAUAUUGUAAAAUGUAUGAAGGAGAUUAUAGAAGAAAAAACCCUUAACUUGUAUUUAUCAAUAGAGCAUGAUUUUAGGAUGUGGAAUGAAAUUUAAAAAAAAAAUGAAGGACAAACUGAACUAAUUAAAAGAAAAUUGUAUGUGUAAUUAAUUCUAGCAAUCAAUUAAAACACACACACACUCCUUCACAAUCUAGGUCUUAGAUGUAAAUAACAUCCACAAUUUAUGAAAUUUUAUCAGUUUGUGAUCGUUAUUUGUUGAGUAAGCUGUAUAAAAGUGAAUCAAUAUGGAGAAAAUUGUAAUUAAAAAAAAAUAAAAUGUUAUAAUUUUUAUGGCGCACACAUCGAGAAAAUAAUGUAUACUGUUUAAAGAAAAAAAUUCCAAAAAAGAAACUCGAAAAACUGAAAUAGAACAAAAGUUUUUAAAAUUUUUAUUUUCUUUUAAUUUGUAAAAUUCAUUUUGUCAAAAGAAAAAUCCCAGAAGGUAGGAAAUUGGAAGAGUAAAGCAAUUUAAAUUGGAAUGAAUAAAGAAAAAUAAGGAAUUGAUUGAAUGAUAAGAAAUAAGAAAAUUGAAAGAAAACUGUGGAAGAAAAAAUAAGAAAAAGAUUUAAAGUUUAUUUUUCAUUUAAAGAAAAGCGAAGUGCUUGAGAUAAGUCAAUAAAGGAAUCCAGAUUGUUUUGAGGAUACUUUAGGAAGACAGAAAAUAGAGGAGAAUUCUUUUUAUUUGUUUUACCUACUAAAUUUUCAUGAAUUAAAUUGAAGAAAAUUGAAAAUUUUAAGAAAGUUUAGAGAGGAUUCCAAAAGAAAACUUUACAAAAUACGUUCAAAGAGUUUGUUCUUCCCAAAGGAUAUUUUGUAAAUAAAAUAAGACAAAAAUAUUUUUUAAAAAUUCACCAAAUAAUUUGAAAUUUUUCACAGAUUGGCUCAGUUUCCUACCUUCAAAAAAUGCUUUUUAUAUUAAUUUUGCUCAAAAAUUAAAACUUUUUUUCCUCCCAAGAAUAAGAUUUUUCAAAAAGGGAGAUGAUAUCGUUACACGUGCCUAUGAUCAUGACGUGUACUAAAAAUUUUUAUCAAUAUUAAUCUCUCUCUUUAAAAAAAAGAAUCGAUAUUGUAAGAUGUAAAAAAAGUCCUCAAAGAGAAUGAAUAAAAAACUACUGGCGUAAGAUUUUAUCCAAAUCAGAAAUUUUUGAUGAAAUACCAACAAAAACAAAAAUUAUUUUCUACCAACACAACCUUAAAAAUACAGUAAACACAUUUUUCUUCAAAAAAUUUAUCAAGAUUUUUAUCUUUUGUACCCUUCUUAAGAAAAAAACAACAUUUAAAAAAAAAGAUAAGAAAAGUUUAGAAGAAAAUUUUGCUUCAAUAGUGGAAGAUGAAAAUCGGAUAUUUAGGAAUUUUUCUCGUCAGAAAUUAUAUAGAAGAAAGUGGAAAAUGACGGAUAAAAACGCCAAUCGCUUUGUUGUAAUUAAAGAUGAAAAAAAAAAACUUACCUAUAACUUUAAUGUAAUAUUUGAAUUGUACGACAUACCAAGAAAAAAAGUAAAAAAAAAAGAUUUAUUAUUCCAAAAGAUUCAUUCGAGAAGAAGAAAACCAACAGCAUAAAUUAAUGCAAAAUGGAACAGUAUAGUCAAUGUAGAUGAAUAAAUUACAUGGAAAUAUUACUUACGAGGUAUGGAAUUAUGUAAUAUUCAAUAAAAAAUAUCAUAAAAUAUUAUUAUUUCAUUGUUGUCAUACAUAUUAAAAAAAAGAACAAAAAUAUAUUAUUGAAAAAGUAAAAAAAAAAUCAUAAAUGUAUUACCAAGAAUGAAAUAAAAUUUCAAGGAAAUUGGACAGUAA